AUGACCGCAGCCACGGCCCGUACAACCGCGCCGGCCCUCGGCACGACCGUCCCCGCCAUCAGCAGCACGGCCAAGGGUGACCGCGCCCAGCCCCUCAAAGUCAACCUGCAGAAGAAGGAGAAGCUGAAGGCUGCACUCGACGAAGUGAUGGAGAAAUGGGCGCCGCACCUCCCCGGCGUCGCCUUUGGAAUUACCACAGGCGAGGGGCCGAUCUAUGCUGGAUACGCUGGAGAGCGGGUGUAUGGUGACCCGGAGAGCGGACAGGUGGGGGAGGAUACGACGUACAUGCUGUACAGCAUGAGCAAGCUCAUCACCUCGCUGGCGGUGUUACAGCAAGUCGAGUCCGGCGUGCUGUCCUACGACGACCCCGAGACGAUCGAGAAGUACGCGCCGGAGCUUCUCAAACAGAAGGUACUCGUGUCCUACUCUAACUCUGAACCCGUGUUCGAGGAACGCGAGACUCCACUCACGUUGAGACACCUCGUGACCCACACGUCUGGAUUGGUGUACUGGCCCUUCGACGCAGAACUCAAGGCAUACCUCGAGACCCAGCGCACGCCCGUCAUGUACUCCGCCACUGUGGGGGACCUGGAACAGCCGCUCCGAUUCCAACCCGGGUCCAAGUUCGCCUACGGCCCUGGUCUCGACUGGGCCGGCAUCAUCCUCGAGCGCGCGACGGGCAAGAACCUAGAGCAGCUGUACAGGGAGAAGAUCUUCGACCCCCUGCACAUCUCACCAGACACGACCUUCGAGCACGUGUCCGACAUGCUCGAGCGGUGGCAGAGAACCGUCCAUCGCGACCCCGAGCUGAAGCUGGAGGAUCCGCAGAGGCCGACGUCGGGCGAUCUGAAGCAGAGGAAGGGCGGCGACGGGCUCUGGUCCACUCUGCCCGACUAUCUCGGCAUUUGUGCUGGCGUCUUGGCUUCCGAGAAUCCAGGCGGCAUCAUUAGUCCUCCCUCGCAGGCGCAGCUGUUCCUCGACGCGUUGCCCAAGGCGACAACCCCCGACGGCCUGGAACAGGCGCACCAGGACCUGGCGGGAUUCCUGCACCAUGUCGGCGUCAACGACCUCGGGCCCGAGGACUGCGGACACAGUGUUGCCGCAAUGGUCAUCAGGCGCGAUGCGGAGGGCAAGCGGCGCGCGGGGAGUGCGGCCUGGAUUGGCGCCGCACGGACUGAGUUCUGUAUCGAUCCCAAGGCUGGACUGGCUUUUGUUGCCAUGACACAGAUCGAGAGGCCGGAGGGCGGGCCGUACGACUCCCCCGAGCCGUUUGAUGAGUUCGUGAGGGAGAUGGAGGCGAAGCUGUAUGAGCGUCUCCACCUUGCGUGA